AUGGCCAGCACGGGGGACGACGGGGAGCGGAGUCCCUUAGUGGGGACGGGGACAGCCCUGCAGGGCCCGGGCGCGGCGUGUGUGGCCGUGCUGGUGGCGGAGGCUCUGGCGAGGGUGGCUUUCUGCAGCAUCUCCACCAGCCUGGGGCUCUACCUCAGCAGCAGCAGCACUUUCGGCUGGGGGGUGAGCCGAGCGUCCCAGGCUGCUCUGCUCUUCCUGGCUGCCUCUGACCUGCUCUCCCCCGUCGGGGGCUGGUUUGCCGAUGUCUACCUCGGCUGCUACGGCAGCCUGGUCCUCAGCUUCUCUGUGUGCCUGCUGGCGAGCUGCCUGCUGCCCCUCACCGCCACGCUGGACGGGCGGCUCUCGCUGUGCGGGCAGCCGCCCGCUGGCACCCUCCGAAACUGCUCCUGGCCCCAGGAGGGGACGUGCCAAGGACGCCCCCCCGAGCUCUAUUGUGCCCCCACCAUCUACACCAGCCUCCUGGUCCUGGCCUUGGGAGUCAGCUCCAUCAAAGCCAACCUCAGCCCCUUUGGGGCCGACCAGGUGAGGGACCAGGGUGGUGCUGCCACACGGUGCUUCUUCAACUGGUUCUACUGGAGCAUCAACAUUGGGGCUGUCUUCUCCCUGCUGCUGGUGGCCUUUGUCCAGCAGAACAUCAGCUUCCUGGCUGGCUACCUCAUCCCUGUUGCCUGCCUGGCCUUGGCACUCUUCAUCUUCCUCCUGGCCACCCCCACCUUCAUCAUCAAGCCCCCCAGAGGCAGCCAGGUCUCUUCGAUGAUCAAGUUGGCCCUGAAGAACUUUGGCUGUGCCUGGCUGGGGGCCGUCAGGGCCAGCACUCAGCGGUGGGAGGCUGAGGACCUUCUCCCCAGCAGCAGAGGCCAGCCUGGAGCCCCUUCACCCGAGGAGGACCUUGCCAACUUCCAGGUGCUGGCCCGGAUCCUGCCUGUGAUGCUGACCUUCAUCCCUUACUGGAUGGUCUACUCACAGAUCCAGUCAACUUACCAUCUGCAAGCUCUUCACCUCCACAUCCCCAGCAUCUUCCAGCACGGUCCCAGCACCCCCCAGACCUACACGUUCCCAGCUGCUUGGCUGCUCCUGGCCAACGUGGUGGCCUUGCUGGCCUUGGUACCCCUGAAGAACCACAUCAUCGACCCCUUCCUCGCCAGGCGGAAGCUGCUGCCCUCAGCGCUCAAGCAGAUCACCCUGGGCAUGUUCUUCAGCCUCACCUCCGUCCUCACAGCAGGCUUCUUGGAGCGGGAACGGCUGCGGUACGUGCAGCACGGCCAGGUGGUGCCACAGCUCAUUGGCAAGGACCUCUACCUGGCUGCCACCUUGCCAGUCUGGUGGCAAGCCCCUCAGUACCUUCUCCUCAGCAUCAGCGAGCUCUUAGUCAGCAUCUCCAGGUUGGAGUUUGCCUGCACUGAGGCCCCCAGGUCCAUGAAAGGAGCCAUCAUGGGGCUCUUCUGCUUCACCUCUGGGCUGGGCUUCCUGCUGGGUGAGGGGCUGCUGGCCCUGCUCUCACAGCCCACCCGCGGGUGGAUGCAGUGCCCAAAGGACUCUGGGAGCAUCAACCACUGCCGGAUGGACAACUACCUCUUCCUGCUGGUGGGGAUCCAGUCGGUCAACUGCCUCCUCUUCAUCUGGAUCACCAGGCACUACCACAGCCACCCAGCACUGCUGAGUGCCCCACACCCCUCCAUGGGCCCAGAAGAGGACUGA